AUGUUCACGAUUCUUGGUGUCAGUAUUAGCAAGUUUGUGUUGCAGGUCUCUGUGCUGAACGGAGGCUUGCGUGAGCUUUACUUGCAGUACCGGCAGAGAGCUUCUUUCCUCAUGGUGUACAUCUUGGAGGCCCACGCUAAGGACGAAUGGCCCCUGGGUGUGGAGAGAAGCUCAUUGCCACAGCACCUCACCCACAAGGACAGGGUAGCUGCUCUCAGGAAGCUUUUGUCGGAGGACAAACAUGGAACCUUCUCUGAAGAUCUUAACUGUGAAAGCGGAAUUCCCGUUGUUGUGGACACUAUGGAGAACAAAUUUAACGAGCUGUUCGCCGCUUGGCCGGAGCGUGCGUACGUGAUCAAGAACGGUAAGCUGGACCUGAUCACCUACCCUGAAGAUGGCUACCUUCAUGAGUGCGCCCGGAAAUACCUUCAACAGCUGUAG